UUGAAACAGCCAAUCAGGCUCCGUGCUGUAGAUCACCCGGCAGAAACAAAACAAGCUACAUCCAAAGUACCAGUUAGCGUUAGCUUUGCUGAAAUCAUUAAAAGUUAUUCAAUCUUUGGAGAAAAGGAAAUUAGUGACUCAAAUGGGACAUGGAUUUUGUAAAUAAAAUAGCUCGACAGUAGCUCGGUUUUAAGAGUCUUAUUUUACGUCUACUUCCGUACUUUGGUUGCUACAACACAGGUUUGAAGCUGACUCUGAGGGGGGGGAAAGAUGCUGUCCACUGGAGAUGUCCAGGGUUGUCUCCGAAAACUGGAAACCCUCCUGCGGGCGAUAAAGUACCCGGGAAACGUCGACUACAACAGACUCUCCAAAGGAGACCCCUCUGCUGUCCUCCCAAUAGUGAGCUUCACCCUCACCUCCUUCUCUCCACCUUUUGCUGAGCAGCUGAUGGCAGCAGGAUUGGAGCUGAUGGGCAAAACUGACCUCAGAUUCACAGACACUCUUUAUAAGGUGCUACGGGAUAUCUUCCACUAUAAGCCCGUGCUGACUAAGCAGCAGUUCUUGCAGUGGGGUUUCUCUCAGAGGAAAAUCUCUGUCGUUUGUGACAUCAUUAACCUGGUGCUGCAAAAACACAACCAGCUGAAGAAGCCCAGAGUCAGAUGUCUGGCCCCAAUCAAGGAGUUGAGAGGUGACGUACAGCCGUCGCUGGCUGAGACACACACUGUGUCCAAUCGGCCGGUUGUCAUGAAUCACACAGAAAAUCACUCCACUUUUCACCUGAACUCCCCCCAUAUAGAAACAUUUUCCUCCAGUUCUGCUAGAAAUGGGAUCACGGAGCCAGUAGGAGAUGAGGAGGAGGAGGAGGAGGAAGAGGAGGAGGAGGACAUUCUCCAUUCCUCUGAGGUUGAAGGAAGGCUCUCAGCUCUGGAGAAUCAGCUGCAAGGUCUUCAGUCUGGGCUUGACAGAGUCAGAAUCCUGGAGAAAAGCCUGGAGCACCUGGAGAAACGUCUAGAGGGCCUGGAGAGACAGAGAGACACAGACAAGAGUGAAGGAGACGUGGUGAUAGUUUCCAGGGAGAGCUGGGAAAACCUGAUGAGCAGAGUCGUACUACUGGAAACUAAAGCAGAGCUGAGAGACACACAGUUAAACACCCCACCGCCGUGUCCUUCCCCUUCCUCUUCCUCUGCCAUGUCUGAUGCCUCAAAGGAGGAUCUGAAAGAGAGGCUGGAGAGAAUUACCAACAUGUUGAAGAGCACCUCCAGCCUUCUGCAGAACGCAGAAUCUCCCUCAACACCCAGCAAAUAACUCCUAAAACAUAAUCCUUCCCUGGUCUUAUCUAACAGUUUCAGCACAGUGAUCUUAUUUUUACUUAACAGCUUCUUUUUUGUGUUUUUACAAUAAUACAUUUGUAAAUGAGAAAUUGAAAAAGAAACCUAAAAAGUUAUUUUUCUCAAAGUUCAUUUAGGAACAUCUGUUAUAAUAAAUUAUAAUGACAAUGUGUGUGCAGAAAUAAUAGCUUUGGUUGAUGAGUCAAGCACUUUAACAUAAAAGGAUUUAUUCUUCAUCUAAUCAUGAUUGUAGGAAUGUUUGUCUGUCUUUGGAUUUCAUAAUAAAAUUGUAAUAUGUUC